UGGUCUGUGCGGUGCAGAGAAUUUGAUAAAAAAAAUAUUUUUAAAUGUUAAAAAAAUGUAGGAAUCAGCACAUUGUGGACAUAUUUUAUUGAAGAAUUAAAUAUAUUAAAUACAUUUUUUACGUACAUUAAUUUUAAGUAACAUGAGUGAUAAUAUAAAAGUAGUUGUUAAAGUCCGGCCUUUGAUUCGACGCGAAUUAGAAGACAAGCUUUUACUCCAAUGGCGCGUAAACAACAACGCUCUUAUUCAGAUAGAUCAGAAUGGUAGAGAGUGUGGACCUGUGUUCACUUUCGACAAAGUUUAUGAUGAAACAACAAAAACCAGCAACGUAUACAAUGAUAUUGCUAAACCAAUUGUUGCGGCUGCUACUGCUGGCUUCAAUGGAACCAUCUUUGCUUACGGCCAGACCUCAUCAGGCAAGACAUAUACCAUGACGGGAACUGAUGAUGCCCCUGGCAUCAUACCUCUUGCUGUACUCAAUCUCUAUGAUAUCAUUAAAAAUGUUCCUGACAGAGAUUUUUUAGUGAGGGUAUCUUAUGUUGAAAUAUACAAUGAAACACUGAUAGACUUGCUGAAUUUAGAAAAACGUAUCAAAAUUCAUGAGACUUUUGGACAAGGUGUAAAAGUUGAUGCCACAGAGAAAGUAACCACUUCCCCUGAAGAAGUGCUUCAAGUUAUGAGAGAGGGUAAAGCCAACAGACAGACCGGUUCCACAAACAUGAAUGAUGAGAGCAGCAGAUCGCAUUCUAUCUUCCAAAUUACUAUAGAAUCUCGGGAGCACAUAGAAGGCGAACAGGAAGUGGGAUCAGUGAACGUGUCUCAACUUAACCUCGUCGACUUGGCAGGCUCAGAGCGCGCCGGUCAGACCGGUGCUACGGGCCUGCGGUUUAAGGAGGGCACACAUAUUAACAAAUCCUUGUCAGUCCUAGCUCUGGUUAUAAAACAACUGUCCGAAGAUCCAAACAAGCAUGCAAACUAUCGCGAUAGCAAACUGACGCGUAUUCUGCAAAAUUCCCUCGGAGGUAAUGCGAAGACGAGUAUUAUAUGUGCUGUGACCCCCGCCGCCCUCGAGGAGACUAUAUCAACCUUACAAUUUGCUAACAGAGCGAAAUCUAUCAAAAAUACUCCGGCAGUUAAUGCUGUAGCGACCAACGCUACGAUGAUUCAAUCGCUAACCAAACAGUUGUCGGCGCUCAAGACGGAAUUGGAGUGCAAAAAGAACGUUGAGCAAGACAACUUCAAUUUACAAAAGAGGAUUGGCGGCCUCCAGCGACUCAUUCUGAAUGGGUUCGCUCAGAGGAGCACCACCGAUAUAAUAGGCGGAGCGCGACGGAAACUGCAGAAUCCGAGAAGAGUUACCAUAUCCACACUGCAUCCGAUACAGGAAGACUCCGUGCCGACUGUGCCCAGAUUCUGCACUCCUAGUCUCAAAUACAACCCGGUGUCAUUAAACACCUUGCCCGAGUUCCUUCCGAUCCAGAGUGCGUCGCAAAAUUUGCAAAGUGUAACCGAGGAUCGUUUGAUUACACCGCCGCCUUACAACAGGAAGGUCACAAUAAGCGACGAAGUCAUCGAACUAGAUAGCGAUGACGACACCUCGGUAGAUGUUCAAACCUGCUCGCCGUAUCAUGGAUGCUACGAAUCAUCAAAAACUCCUCCUUGUAUAUUAAGAAAGAACGCUAAGCAAGCUGAAAAAAACUUAAAAGACAUUGUAGAGUUGACUGAAAGAGAGAAAAUUUAUACGCCAAAUGUAGUAGAACUGAUGGAGAAAUUGGAGAACAAAUCCCUAAAAAUAUCUAAUUUAAAGGAAAAUAUAAAUGAACUUAAUGAUCUUAGUAUGGAAAAGGACAAAGAAAUGGAGCGAUUAAAAAGAAAAAUAAGUGAGGCAGAGGAAGAAAUAAAAAAUAUCGCGUCUGCUAAGUCUAAUCUAGAAACAACCUGUAAAAACUACACGACAAAACUAACAGACUGGGAAGUGAGUUACGAAACAUUACAAAAAAAAGCUAAACAAAGGGAAGAAGAACUAUUGUCCCUAUUGAAGGAAAAUGAACUUAAGAAGAAGCAUGAAAAAAUAGGUAAAAUAUCUUCAAAUGCCUUAGGAAAAGAGCUGACACACUUUAUGGACUUAUCAAGAGAUCUGUCGUUAGUCAAUAGUGAUAAUGAAAACAGUAUUAUAAAUGCAGAAGAAACUGUUUUGCAUCCUGGAUUUCGUAUGAUCAAUGAUUCUGAUUCUAAGUUGUGUCUCAAAGAUCAUACUAUUUUCCAAUUAGAAGCUGAUUUACAUGCACAAAAUCUUAAAAUAGAUAGUUUAGAAAAUAUGAAUAAGAAAUUCCAAAUAAUAAUUUCUGAUUUUGAAGAAAAAAUUUCGUACCUGGAAAACGAAAAUAGCUUACAAAAAUCGACGAUAGACAAUUUAAACCGAACAAUUGCAAGUCAGCAGUUAGCUAACGAGACUGCAAAGGCUGACAUUGAGUCGUACAAUACAGUAAUUAAUGAAUUAAAAGUUCAAUUAUAUAACAAGGUAGAUAAAUCGAACCAUAUAAAUGACAGUGACUUCGAAUCUAUUAUAGCAAAUGAAGAGUUGUUUAUAGCUAACAAUGAAAAUAUGAAAAAUAUUACACAGAGUCUUAAAAGAGCUUUGGAAAUACGCGACGAGGAGAUAAGAAACUUGAAAUCAUCUCUCGAUGAAGAAACUCCUCUUGAUUUCAAAUAUUUAGAGGAAGAACUUAAAAGAAAGAAAACCGAAAUUUCAUCCCUACUAAAAGAAAUUGAAUCUUUGAAAGAAAGUAACAUAGCUGAAUUAAAUAAUUUUAUACAAACAAAAAAUAGUUUUCUGAGUGUAGAACAGCAACUAAAAACACAGCUAUCAGAACUGCAAAUAGUUAAAGAUAAAGACACUAAGGAACACUUAGGCGAAAUAGCUAAUCUUAAAACAUGUAAAGAGAACUUAACUUUCGAAUUAAUUAAAAAACAACAAGAAAAAGAAACACUUCAAUCUAAAGUGGACAACCUAUCAAAAGAAAUUUUAACCCUUAAGAAAGAAAUGAGAACUAAGGAUAACAUAAUCGCUGAGUUGCGAAAUGUAGAACAAGCUUCGCAAGAAAAUCUUGCAAGAGUAUCUUUACAGUUACAUAAUCUAAUAGUGUUGCUGUCCGGAAAAAUUUUAGAAGUCCCAAUAAUGAUUGACAGUUUGGUAUCUGCUUUUGAAACGUUAACUGAGAAUAUAACUUCCUUGGAAAUGAUUGCCAUCGACAUAGUCAAAGAGAAAAACGAUUUACGUGCUUUAAUUGAACAUCAUCAAAAUACCUUUAUUAAAUUAAAAUCCAAAAUUAAUGAUCUUGGUAAUGCCGUAGAUGUUUUAUGUAAUGAUAGUCAAUGCUUCAACAAUAUGAUCCUUGAAGAUAAUGUCUGUGAUAAUAGUGAAACCAACAAAAAUAUUCAUGAAGGUUCAUAUCAGGAUAUAGAAUUAAAAAUGGAAAAUCUUAUGGAUAAACUAAGAACAGCGCUAGAAUAUCUAAGUAAUAAUUUACAAAAUAAAGAAUUGGAAAUCAACAAUGUUAAAUUGGAGUUUGAGUCCAAGCUUACAUCAGAAACUACUAAACAUUUACAAGAAAUUGAAGAUAUAAAAAACCAACGCAUGUUAGUCCUGAGAAAUCUUUUAGGAAAGGUCACUAUUAUGGCUUCUCAAUUAGAUAUUGAAAACAGUUCCUUGAACGAGACUGAGAAUGAUAUAGAAAAUAGGACAUAUGAGCAAAUUAUUUUAAUUUUCGAUAAGAUUGUUAAUUAUAUUUUGUUAUUUAAGGCACAAAAAACAACUGAAUGCGACAAUAUAAAAGAAAUAUUGACUGAAGCAAAGAACGAAAUCCAUAAACUCAAAAAAGAAAACCAAAACUUGGUAAAAGAUAUAUCUAAUUUAGAAAAAUGUAAUAAAGAAGUUUUAACUGCAGAAAUAAAGAAUAUUCAAACCGAUGGUAAAAUAAUAUCAGUUAAUUUAAAUCAAAGUGAUAUAAUAUUGAAAGAAUUACGUAGUGAUCUGAUAUCAAAGACUAGUGAAAUCGAAAUUAUAGAAAAUAAAGCCAAAGAAUGGAAGGAUAAAUUUAGAGAGCAUGAAUUAGUAAUGAAAGAUCAAAUAAAAAUGUUAGAACUAGAAAACACUGAACUUAAAAUAAAAUACUCAGAACUGGAGAUGCUAUAUGCAAAUAGCCCACUGUCAAAAACGGAUCUAGCAAGUGGUGAUCAGAAGUGUAUUUCAAAACAAUCCCUAGAAUCUCCUCCAAGCCUAUUAACAAUUUGUUGCAAUAAAUUAAUUAAAUGUGUUUCCAAUGAAAACGCUAGUUUGGAAAGUUCGUCAAGUAAUAGUACAGACCUGAAAUUCAUCUGCCAAUGCCCGGAGCUAUCGGCAGACUUAAGUUUAUUACAAGAAGAAAAUAUAAAUUUAAAAAUACGAAUUGAGCAGUUGGAAAUAACAAAUAAUUUUCUAGUAAAAGAACAAAAAGAAGUUCAAGAAGAGGUACAGUUACUUGUAGAAAAUACACAAGAGUUACAAAAAAAAGUAGUCAAUCAUCGCACUAACAUGUCCACAUUGACCGCGACUACUUAUGCGGAGAAUAAAUCUCUAACUUCUCAAAUAAAAUUUUUGCAGCAUCACCAAAAUCGCUUUCAUAAUGUUUGUCUAAAAGAUAUACCAGCCCUGAAAAGUCAGUUGCAAGAUCUCAUGAUAUUACUCAAAUCAGAAAAUAAACACAAACAAAAUGAAAGUUUCAAUCGAUAUUCUCUACCAAAUAUUCUAGACAUUACCUCUAAAUUCAAAAACGAGUCUAUUUUGGACGGUGAUCUUUUAAUGUUGGACACAAAUGUGACAUUAACAACAUGUAAUAAUACAUUAGUUGGUCAUGAUCAUACAUGCUUAGAUGUAACCCAAGUUAGUACGUAUAACGAUGUAGCCUGUCAAACGAGUUUGAUUGAUAUAACCAAUUAUGAUUUGUUACAUUCUCAGAUGGAAACGCCUCCUUAUGAUUAUAUAAAAAUACUAGAUACAUUAGAAUCUCUAAAGGUAGAUAACAAUAAAUUACGAAAUCUUGUGGAUGAAUAUUCUAAAAAUAAAAAUUCGAAUGUUUAUGUGACUGAUACAAUCAGUAGUCUUAUCAAAGUUCAAAAUACUUGCGAAUCUGACCUUAAUUUAAACUACACUGAACCUAUAGAUUCACUUUGUAACUGUAAUCAUAAAGAAAACAUGCGAACAAUGGUAGAAAAGCAUCAAAAAGAAAUUGAUACAGUGACAAAAAAAUUAGAGGAACUUGAAUUAAAAAAAAAAGAUAUAGAGCAAAAAUAUCAAGAUUUAACUUUAGAAGUACCAUCAAUUGACCUUCUUGUGCAAAAGUUAAGUGUUUUAGAAGCAGAAUCCCACAGUAAACAAAGUGAAAUAACAAAAAUUUUGCAAACUUUAAAAAACAAAAAUGGCGAAUUAAGGAAUUUACAAGAGGAAAAUAAUAUUUUAUCUAGUCAAGUAUUUGAAAGUAUUUCGGAACUAGAUGAUCUUAAAAAGGAACAAGAUUCAUUAAAAGAACUGAAUUCCAAACUUACUGACAACUGUUUAUUAUUAGGAAAACAAAUAGAAGACUUAAAAAAUAAGAGUGAAAAAGAAAUCACAUGUGAAGAAUGUCGAUUAAAAAGCGAAGUGAUCAUAUCUUUAGAAAAUAGGUUAGCAAUCGAAUCGCAUAUUCAAUUAGAGCGUAGUUAUAGCGAUUCAGUUAGUUCCUCGCGUUGCAAUAAAAUCUGCAGUUUGCAAAAUGAAUUGCAUGCAGGCAAAGAAGAUUGUAUAGAACUAAAAGAAGAAGUUACUACAAUUAAGAACCAUUUAGACCGUAGCAAUCUAAAUAUAAGCCAUGCCAUGGACUUGGAUGACAACAUUGAAAAUUCUCCCAUGUUUUCUUAUGAUGAUUUUGAAUUAAAUUCACAAGGAAUUAAAUGUGUAAUUCCAAAUGUUCCAGGGGAAUCUUUGGAAAUCCUUAUUUCAGAUAAAGAAAAGUGUCUCAGUUAUUAUGCUGAAAAAACGGAAACAGAUAAAGAAAAUAUUGGGUGUGACAUAAAAUUAAUAGAUGUUAUGAAAAUGUUGUACGAUUACCUAGAAACUAAACACGCUCAUGAAGUUCAAAAUUUAGUAAAUAAAUUGAAAGACUUUGAGGAUUCAAAAAAUGCUUUGCAAAUAAUGAUAGAUGACAUAAAAACACAAAAAUUAAGAAUUGCAAAAGAACUGGAAGAAAAAGAUAGCUACUUACAAACCUUGGCCAACGUAGUUUCCCAUGUCAGUAAUAAUAUUGCCGGUUUAAGUGUUGAAAAUGAUGUUCAGGAUAUCCUUAUUCGUUUCAAGGACAAUUUUUUGAAAGUUAUUCAUAAAGAGUUUGGAAUUUGUGGUACAGAAGUUUUUGAGUAUGCAAUGCAACAGUUGCAUCAAAACCAUACUGCAGAAAUGGAGAGACUGAGAAAUGAUAAUGUAAAAUUAGAAGACGAUACACAAGAAAUAGUUAAAAAACUUCAUAUUGCUAACGAGAGUUGUUCAACUUUAAAAUUGCAACUGAAUGAAAAAGAAAUUGAAUUCAAUAUGUUACAAAGACAAAAUGAAAAAAUAAAUGAGCUUAACGCAUCUGUGACUCUCGAUAUCGUUAAGAUGGAACAAGACCUAAGAAAGCAAAUUAUAAAUGGUUUUAGUGAACUUAUAGACAAAAAUAUUAUAAAUGAGGAAAUAGAUUUAACAUUGCCAACGUACAAACUUGUAGAACUAUUAUUUAAGCUUGCAUUGAACAUAAUCAGUAACAAUGAACUAUUGCAAGAAGAAAAAAAUAAUAUAACGGCUGAAAUAGAUACAUUGAAAACUCUUUUAGAUUUUAAAGACGCAGCAUUAAACAAAAUGACUGGAGAACUUGCAGAUAUAAAAGAAAUAAAGUCUAAUAUUCAAUUAGAUUUAUCGCAAAAAGAAAAAGAGCUUAAUACUCAAUUUUCUCGAUUUGAAAUUUUAAACACUGUUCAUAUAAAGAAAGUUGAAGAAAAUGAUUGUAAUGCAAGAUUAAUAAGUCAAUUAACCGAGGAAGUCAAUAAAUUAAAAGCAACUUUAUUGAAUAAAGAGAAUUUAGUUAGGUCUUUAGAAUCGAAAAUAGAAGAAUAUAAUGAAAACAAUCUCGUCGAAAACGAAUUUAAAGUUUCAGAACUUGUGAAAUCAAUAUCUGAAUUACAGGAAGAGAUUAAACAUUUAAAAACUAUUAAUGAGAUUGUUAUAAACGAGAAAGAAAGUAACUCAAGUGAGUUAGAGAAAGCAUUUGCAGUAAUUAAACAAAAUAAAAUUGAUUUGGAUAAGAUGACAAAAGAUAUCUUCGAGUUAAGAGAAACUGCCAAAGAAAGCUCUACUGCCACAGACACUCUUAAAGCGAAAUUUGUAACUUUGAACCAAACCAAAGAUACUUUGAUUGCCAUGAACAAAGAGUUAGAGGAGCAGAUACAAGAAAAGGCGCAAAAUUGUUCUCGUUUAGAAAUGAACAUUAAAACACAUGAAAAAACUGCAGAAAUUCAAAGCCGAAUGAUAAACAGACUACAAAGACAGAAAGAAGAAGAUGACAAGUUGGCUUGUGAGAAGGAGUUAAAACUACAGGAAUUAACACAGAGGUGCAUAUCCUUAGAGGCCGAAUGUGUGAAGUUAACCAAUGAUAUGAAAUCCUCUAUAGAUGAAGUUGAAAAAUUAAGAAAAGGGAAACUGUCAUUGGAGAUUCGGAUUUCCGACCUGGAAGAAGAAGUUCAGAACAGUAAACGUCGCACAUCUUUGGAGGCUACGGCCGAGACGACAAGGAGAAGACGCCAGAGUAUCCAUGACUCGAAACGAAUGUUCGCUGACGACAACGAAGAGCCAGCGCAGUUGAAAUCGUAUACAAUCACAGAAGAUGUGUUCAUGGAUGUGGAUGGCGACAGCUCUAGUCGAAGCACUCCAGUUUUGAUGCACAAAGGACGCGACAGUCUCUUACUCAAGAAUGAUCAGAGCGACAAGGAAGAGGACCAAUCUAGAUCGAGCAGCGUUCUUGCUAGUCGCCGCCGCCGCCAAAGCGUACACGAUCUUCACCGCAGCGUGCGCCUUACGCCCGAACCACGAGAAAACUCGCGUGACUCUUCACGAAAUAACAGCGUCGACUGUGAAGUAACUCAGCUAAGAAAGCAAUUAACUUGCUGUCAAAAAGAGCUAGAAGAACUAAAAGAAAAGUAUCGAGAACUCGAUGAGGAAUGCGAGAUUUGCGCCGAGUAUUUGCGAGAAAGAGACGAACAGUGCUUGAAGUUGAAAAAAGAGAAACGAGAAUUAGAGAACACCCUCGCUGAAUUAACAGACAAGUUAAAAUAUAACAAUCCAAACGGCAGUCAAGUGAGCAAAAACAGUUUUGCGCAUGCAUCCGUCAAUACUGAUGAAGACUGGGCGAACCUUCAUUCGGUUGUCGUGGACAGGAUGUCUUACGACGCGGAGGUGGAGAAGAACAAGAAGUUGAUGAAAACCAUAGAAGAGCUACGUUUCAGGAAACAGGACAUGAAGAACACUAUGUCCAAAAUGCAGAAGGCAUUAGACAAACAUUCAGGCAAAGACAAAGAAUUGGAGGCCACGCGAGCUUCGCUUGCUGAAUGCAAGCACGAGCUCUCGGAGCUCCGGAAGAGGUUCAAAGAACUGGAUGAGGAGUGCGAGACGUGCGCCGCGUACCUGCGCGAGCGAGACGACCAGUGUCGCGCUUUGAAGGAAGCCAAGGCGGCGCUCGAGGCGAAGCUACUGGACUACACUGAAGAGGAUGGCGUUGCGGCGUCGCUGCGUAAAAAACGCCAGGCGUUGCACGACAAGCGGCGCGUGCCACCCGUCGAAUCUGCCGACGCAGCCACGGACACCAGUGAUGACUUACUAACAUACAAGGUGGACAAUUCCAAACUCGGAUCGGAUGACAAACAAGCAGCAGAGUUGAAACGCCUCAAAAUGGCUUUGGAGAAGGUGUCCCAACAGAAGAAUGAACUGGAACACCAGCUGUCGGCUGCACCGCAGCAGGGUAGAGAAGACACCAUAAUGAAAAAAAACGAAGAUAUUGAAGAUUUGAGUUUAUGCAACGCUGAAGCAAAACUACAAGGCAGUGAUAAUGAUAAAGGAGAAGACAUUAAUACACUUCAAGAAAAUGACGAGGAGUACAAAAAUAAUUUGCACGUCAACACCAAUAAUUAUGUUGGAUAUUUGGAACGGGAAAAUGUUGACUUAAAAACUAAAUAUGAACAUCUAAAAAAAAAGACUUUGUUAAGGGAAAAGGAACUCCUUUCGCGUAUACAAGAAUAUGCAGGAGCACACAAGCAAGCAUGUUCUUCUUCAGAAGUGUCUAAUGGCCAAAAGGGGGAAAAUAAUAAAUCAAUAGAACCAACGAUACAUGCCACUGAAGAGCCAGACCCAAUAACUGUCCCACCAAAAAUAGAUCAGUCGUUGAAGAAGUUUACCAUUAAGAACAAAGAGUCAUCCGAAAUAAAAUCUACGCACAAGACCAAAAUCGUGGAUCAAAUGAUAAUGGAGCAAGCAGAAAGGCGAUGUAUGGAGGUAUCGCACGGCCCCGAGGUAAACGCUCCUGCUCCGGAAAAUAUAAAGCAGAUCACGCGUAAAAAGCGACAGCAACUCCACGACCUCCGAAGAGAUAUAGAGAACGGUCUCGGCAUUCCGAAAUUCGUAAUCAGUAGACAUUAUCACUACCAUCAUUAUCAUUAUCAUCAUUUUUUGUAACAAAAUCGUCAAAAUAUCAGGUUAACUAAGCGUGAAAAGUAUUGAAAAUACAUUAUAAGCACGCCUGAUUAUAGAAGGUAUAAAGAGAUAGGCAGCCUUUUUUGUAAACAGUUAAAAUCUAAUAGCAAAAAGCUGAUAUGGACAGUGGGCAUUCCAUCUUAAUUGCCAAACAAGACAGAGAGUGCAUUGUGCAUAUUUUGCGUAAAAUAACAUUGGAUAAGGAUCUAAUGGAUCUUUUAGGGGUCCACAUCCACAACCAGAAUAAAACUUUCGCCUUUUGCUGGUUGCCUCGCAAACAUCCUAUUGAUAUAUCGAAAUUGUACCGCAAUCGAUAAUAUAUAUUUUUUAAGUACACGGUAUACAUCGAUAAUUCGUUGUGCCACACCAUUGAUAUCCUCAAAAGCUCGUAGCACAAGUUUUCCACCGAUAACUUGGUGUCGAUAUAAUUGCAACUAUGACCCCUUGAUUGCAAUCUCAAGUGAUGAUGCAGUCUAAGGCUUUCCUGUUAGGGGUUAUAUUUCGUUAGUUAAGAUAUAGAUAAACUAAACAGCUAUAAAUAAAAAGAUUAUGAUAAUGAAACAGAUUUAUUUAGAAAAAAACCAUAAAAAUAGGCAUGAUGACUAACUAAUUUUGAUAAACUUCCUAUAACAAAAUACAUUUUUGCAGAAAAAAAUAGUAUGUUUUUAUAAUGUUUAUGUGGACGUGACGACUGUCAUCAUGCCUAUUCAUACACCACGAAUACAUAAAUCGUCGUUCUAGUCCCAUAAGUAACAUUGUAAAUACUGAUAACGAUACUUUAAACCAGAUCCUAACAAACAAAACAACCGAAAUUUGAACGAACUGGGUGCCAAGUGAGAUUUUCUAUCGGUGUUUAUGUUAACUAUGAUUUAUAUGGUAUAGAAAGAGUGCCUUAUAGUAAAAAACCUGUUUCCCAGUAAUGCAAUUAGAUGGCGCUCUUGCGAUACCAUACAAAUCGUAGUUAACUUUCACACGUUCGAAUAGGUAAACUCAAACUUAGCCCCAAUGUAAGUUACGUGGUAUGGGUCUAUCAAAACAAUAAAUAUAGCUCAUUAAAAUUAAGCGUCAAAACUCUACUCAUAUUUAUAUGUACAUGAAUAACUAGUUUUGAUUUUCCAAAUGACAAACAAAGAAAGAACCUUUUCUAUCUUUGUUUGUCAUUUGGAAAAUCAAAACCAGAUCCAGUUCGAUAAGGUAAGCUCUAAAAAUCUCUAAAAUGGCCCCAAUAAAGGAUUUAAAAAUGCUUAUUGCUGUAGAGUAUUGGCCGGAAUAUUUUUUAUAGGUAACUAACCAAAUUAAAUUUUUUUUGACUAACCCCGUGAACUUUAAACCACCUUUUGUAAGUAAUCUGUAGUAGCCAUAUAAUUUAUAUUUUUUCGUCUGUUCCUUUGGUUCUUUUUGUUAAGUAAUAAUUGACGGAGCAAGCAGACGAUGGCCUACCAGAUGGUAAGUGAAAAUCCAUCGUCUAUAAACAGAGCAAAACUUGCAGGGCAUGCAAGAAACGCGUCCUGCAUCGUGCAUCCUGCGUCGUUUGAGAAAGGUUAUAGACACGGAUCAUGACGGGCGGGACACGACUCGCGUCAAUGUUGUGUAUAUAAUAGCAGUUGAAAGGUAUGGCAAGAAAAAACAAACGUUCCUUAUUUAAAUAGCCCUACCAAAUCUCUUAUGAAUGAUUCAUACAUAAUUGUUUACUUUCCUUCCUCUAGCACGGGUAGGAGACAAAAAUAAUAUCCCCCGAUUAUAUAUUUCACCUGACAAGGGAUAAUAAUUAACGUGUCCACCUGCUAAAGCAGGGGAACAGGGGAUAGGAGAAGCUUACCCCCAUUUAUUAAUACACAUAUAUUAAUUGGAUAUUAUUUCCACUUGUGCGCCAGUGCUCAUAUAUCAUGCUCCACAUAUAUCAUCAGCCUUGGUGCGCCGAAAAUAUGCGAACAAAAUAAAAUGGUGUCAUCAAAUAUGUAUGAAGGCACAAUCCUGUUUUUUAUACAAGUAACAUUAUGGAGAUUAAUCUGGAUGAUUGUAUUUUGAUGGAUAUUUUUGGGCUCGUGUUCCUUAUUUUAAUUGUUAUUAAAGUAAACUUAGAUAUUAUAGUGUCACGUUGUUAAAGAAAUAGGUACUUACUGUAGAUUCACAAUAUAUUUAUGAUAACAAGUAUGAGAGUUGAUAAAGCUGUGGGAGCAGAUACAUUUUUAUCCAUUCCCCGGGGACAUAAUUGUCUCCUGCCCAUGUGCUAGCCGUACUGGUUGUCAACUGAACCGUCCAGCUGAUUGGCUGAUACCGAAGAUAGGAUUCUGCGCAUCAAACCGCAGUAAUUCGUGAAGUAAUAAAGUUUGAAUCGGUCUAUACGCGGAAGUAGUUGCGGAAGACUUCGCGGAAGACUACUACAUAAUAUAUUUACAGAAUACGAAGAAAUAUCACAAUCUUAUGACAAUACGCCGAAUAU